AGGUGACUACUGAUAGGGCUGCCGGACGCCGUCGAACCGUUUGAGCUUAAAAAAAAAACCUACCCAAUUUAGCAGGCGAAGAAAUAAAAUAAAAAAAAAAAACGCUCGCUGACAGAGGCAACCCAAUGGCGCUCCGAUCGCCCCCUAAAUCCAAGGCCAUACAAAAACCCGUUUCGACGUUCCAGAAACUCCUCAAAAACCCGCAAGUACCUUUUGCGUUGGCUUUGCUCUUCGCCGAUGCCAUCCUGGUCGGACUCAUUAUCGCCUAUGUUCCCUAUACGAAGAUCGAUUGGGACGCCUACAUGUCACAGGUCACUGGGUUUCUUGAAGGAGAGAGAGAUUAUGGAAACUUGAAAGGGGACACUGGCCCUCUGGUUUAUCCUGCGGGCUUUCUUUACAUAUAUUCUGCCCUCCAACAUGUUACCCGCGGUCAGGUUUAUCCUGCUCAGAUUCUCUUUGGUCUUCUCUACAUUGUGAAUCUUGCAAUCGUGUUGUCCAUCUACGUGAAGACCAGCGUGGUCCCUUGGUGGGCACUUUCCCUACUCGCUUUGUCUAAGAGGGUUCAUUCUAUCUUUGUACUUCGCUUAUUCAAUGACUGUUUUGCCACGACUUUCCUUCAUGCUGCUUUGUUUUUCCUACUCAAACAAAAGUGGCAUCUAGGUCUGAUUAUUUUCAGCGCAGCUGUUUCUGUAAAGAUGAAUGUGCUUCUUUAUGCUCCUGCUUUGUUAAUCCUCAUGUUGCAGGCUAUGGAUGUUUUUGGAGUAAUAUCUGCUUUAGCAGGUGCAGCAUUAGUACAGAUACUCUUGGGGCUCCCAUUUUUAUUAACGCAUCCAGUUGCAUAUCUUUCAAAAGCUUUUAACCUGGGACGUGUCUUCAUCCACUUCUGGUCUGUUAAUUUCAAAUUCGUUCCUGAACCAACAUUUAUAUCAAGAGAAUUUGCUGUUGCUCUGCUGGUUGCUCAUCUUGGUUUGCUUACUGUUUUUGCCCAUUAUAGAUGGUGCAGGCAUGAAGGAGGAUUGCCUUCUCUCUUGCGGCUAAAAAUUGCUGAGCUAAGUUCUUUUUCAAUGACAAGUUUUUACUGUACUAGUUCAACAACGAAACUUCUCAGAACAGAGUAUAUUGCGACUACUAUGUUUGUUGGGAACUUCAUUGGCAUUGUAUGUGCACGUUCUUUGCAUUAUCAAUUCUAUUCCUGGUACUUUUAUAGCUUGCCCUAUCUGUUGUGGAAAACCCCGUUUCCCACAUUGCUGCGUUUAACUUUGUUUGUGGUGGUAGAGUUGUGCUGGAACGUGUAUCCUUCCAAUGUUUAUUCAUCUCUGUUGCUUUUGGUAGUCCACUUAGUUGUGUUAGGGGGGCUCUGGACUGCUUCACCUGGAAAUCCAUAUGCUGAUGAUCCAAAUAGUAGAUUGACAACCAAAAAGAAACAACCAUGAGGCUCGGGGGACUUUUUCCUGCUUGUUCGGAAUUUUGUAAUCUUGGAUGAUACUCCUCCAUAGAACAACAAAUGGAAGAGAAGUCUUCGUUUUUUGAGACUCCAUGAACGAGUUGAUUUGCGUUAAUGAGAUAAUAGUUUUUUUU